AUGUGUGAUUCCUUUGAAGUGACAAAACUUUUUGAUAAUGAAAAUGUAAGUAGCCAUUUGAUAAAACUGGGAUCUUUUAAUAUUCUAUGUGACAUUCCAUUAAAUCCUGAAGAGAUAUUAAAUUUCAAAAGAAAAAGAACACCAUCAUCAAAUAAUGGAGAAAAGAAAAAUAUAAAUAUAACAAAUUUAGAAUCGUAUUCUACAUCUAAUAAACUAUUAUUAGAUAUAAGUGUUCUCCCUAUAAAAAUUCAUAUCAUUUUAAUUUCGUGUAGUGAAUGUAUGAUUGGAUUACCAAUUUUAUGCAGAUAUUUUGAUCUAACUGAUACUCAAAUUAUUUGCACAAAACCAACAUAUACCUUUUCUAUAAAUACUGUGAAAAAUUUACAAGAAAAAGAAAAUUACAUGCCUUUUGAAGAUGGACAUGCUACAAUAUUUGAUAUUUUCAAUAAUGAUCCUGCUAUUGAUUAUGCAAAAUCGGAGCACGAUUUGAAUGAAAAAAAUUUUAACAAAAAAGAAUAUUUUGAUAUGAAAAUAAAAUUAAAAAAUUCGUUACAUUUAUUAUCUUAUAAAGAAAAAAUAAGUUUUAAACAAAAUGAUGAAACAAUAAGUAUAUCAUUGUAUAGUAGUGGAUACUCAUUAGGAAGUUCGAAUUUUUUUAUCGAAUUUGAUUACACAACUAUAUUUAUUAUAAAUAAAAGUUCAUAUAAUAUUAAACGAUAUCCCUCUUUAUUUGAUUCAUCUUGUUUACCAAUUGCAGAUUUUAUCCUUUUUACAUCAUAUCUAACUAGUGAUCAAAAAUAUUUGGUUACCUCAAAAAAAAAAGAGAGUAAAAAUAAUAUCAAUACCCAAAAUGCAACAUUAAGUUCCCUACCAAAUGAAUCAAAUCAAUCAGCAAAAAAAAAUGAGUCUAACAAUAGUAAACAAAUUUACAAUAACUUUAAUAACUGUGAUGAAACGAAAGAAAAUGUUAAUGAUAAAAUAUUAAACAAAAUAAAUUUUUGCUUCGAAAAAACAUAUAAAGAUAGCAUAAAUAAAAUAUGUUCGAUAGUUUUAAAAACCAUUAAAAAAAAAGGUUGCGUUUUAAUACCUGUUGAUUUGUGCUACCUUUAUUUUCUCGAAUUAGUAGAACUCAUAGGAGUAAUAAUAAGUAAAUAUUUAACAAAAGAUGAACAAGUAUUAAUUUUUAGUGUUAUGCCAAAUAUAAAUAAUAUUAUACAUCAAGCAGAUUUAUGCGCUGAAUGGGUUGAAGAAUCAAAGAAAAAAAAAUGUAGUCAAAUAUCAAACCCUCAAGGCCCUUUUUCUAUAGAUAUUAUGAUAAAAAAUAACCGAUUAAUUGUUGAAAAUUCAAUAAAUGAUGCUUCAAAAAAUUUUAGAUAUCCAUGUGUUUGUUUUAUUCAAGAUACUACACUUAGAUUUUCUGAAGCUAAUAUAUUAUUAGAAAAAUGGGGAAUGGAUCAAAAUAAUUCUAUUAUUUUACUUGACCCUUAUUAUGAUCCAAUUUCUGUAUUAUAUCCAUACAACAUUUAUGAAAAACAUAUUAAUGUUUACUAUUGCCCCCUUUAUUUGGAUUUAAACGAAAUGAAUAUCCUUCAUAUUAUUAAUACAAAUCAAAAUAAAAAAACUGUAUAUUUAUUAUCUCAUAGAUUGGAAAAAACAUUUUUGAAAGCUCAAGCCAAUAACAGCAAUGAUGGAAGUGGCAAUCCUAAAAUUCCAGAGCAUUCCAUUGAAAAAAUACAGAAUACCGAGAUGGCAUCGCUUUUAAAAAACAAUAUCAUAUUUAUUCAUUCUUUAGAAAAAAAAAAAAUUAUUUAUAACAAUUUUUUACGUUUAAAAAAGAAAAUGCAACCAAUAUGCUUCACAUCCGAUGGAGAAAAAAAUCUAGAAAAUGUUUUAACAAUGAUAGAAAAUAAUUUUUAUGGUACUCAGACUCAGUGUGCAUAUACAUCAACCCUUUUUGGCGAUUAUAUAAAAGAAGAGGAUAUCCAAAAAUUUAUAGAACAUUCAGAAAACGAUGGAAAAAUUAUAAACAAUACCCUGGACAAUUCAUAUACUCAAGAAGACGGCAAAAUAGAUAGCCUAAAUUCAAAUAACUCCAAAUUAAAGGAUGCUCAAAUUCCACUAAUGUUUGGAACCAUUGAUCAAAAAGAAUUCACAAAUCUUUUGGUGCAAAAUGGCUACAGUCUAACUGAUUUAAAAAUAGAUGAGUCACAUAAUUCUGACAAAAUAGAAUAUGAUCAAGAUAAUAAACAUUAUGAUAAAUCAGAUAUUUCAAAACCAAACUAUAUUUGGAGAAUAUUCAUCGAAUCAAUAAAUUCAACCAUAACAUGCUACUCAAAAUAUGAUAUAGAAGUUUUCACAAAAGAUGAAAAACUUAGAACCCAAGUUAAAGAUAUACUUCAAAUUUUAUCAAUCAAGUUGUAG